AUGCAGAGAAAGAACUUCACAGAAGUGACAGAAUUCAUCUUUCUGGGAUUCUCUAUCUUUGGAAAGCACCAGAUAAUGCUCUUUGUGGUUUUCCUUACCAUCUACAUUUUAACUCUAACUGGUAAUGUCGUCAUCGUGACCAUCAGCCAUAUUGACCAUCAUCUCCACACACUCAUGUACUUCUUCCUGGGCAUGCUGGCUAGUUCUGAGACUGUGCACACACUGGUCAGUGUCCCACAAAUGCUUUCUGGUCUCCUUUUCCCUAACCAGCCCAUCUCCUUGUCAGGCUGUGCAACUCAGAUGUUCUUUUUUGUCAUCUUGGCCACUAAUAAUUGCUUCUUGCUCACAGCAAUGGGCUAUGACUGCUUUGUGGCCGCCUGCAACCCCCUGAGGUACACAGUCCUCAUGAGCAAAGGAGUGUGUGCUACGUUGGUAUGUGGGUCCUUUGGCACUGGCCUGGUUAUGGCAGUUCUCCAUGUGGCAGCCAUGUUCAACCUUCCUUUGCCAAUGCCAAACUCCACUGCUGUGACCGAGUUCCUCUUGGAAGGGUUCUCCACCUUUGGGCGGCAGCACAGGCUUGUCUUCUUUGCUGUCUUUCUGACUUUGUACUUGCUAACUCUCUCCGGCAAUGUUGUCAUCGUGACUAUUAUUCAUCUGGACCAUCACCUCCACACCCCCAUGUACUUCUUCCUGAGCAUGCUGUCCCUCUCUGAGACCUGCUACGCUGUGGCCAUCAUUCCCCAUAUGCUUUCCGGCCUCCUAAGCCCCCAGCAGCCCAUUGCUGUCCAAGGCUGUGCCACUCAGCUCUUCUUCUAUCUCACCUUCGGCAUCAACAACUGCUUCCUGCUCACGGCCAUGGGGUACGACCGCUAUGUGGCCGUCUGCAACCCCCUACGGUACUCGGGAAGCAUGGGUAAAGAGGCCUGUGUCCGGUGAGCAUGCGGAUCACUGGGAAUUGGUCUGGGCAUGGCCAUUGUCCAGGUAACAUCUGUGUUUGGCCUGCCCUUCUGUGAUGCCUUUGUCAUUUCUCACUUCUUCUGUGAUGUGAGGCCUCUGCUGAAGCUGGCCUGUGCUGAUUCCACUGUCAAUGAGAUCAUCAGCUUUGUUGUCAGUGUCUGUGUUCUACUUCUACCCAUGGGCCUGGUCUUCAUCUCCUACAUCCUCAUCAUCUCCACCAUCCUUAAGAUCGCUUCAGCCGAGGGCCGGAAGAAGGCCUUUGCCACCUGCGCCUCCCACCUCACGGUGGUCAUUGUUCACUAUGGCUGCGCCUCCAUCAUCUACCUCAAACCCAAGUCCCAGAGUUCCCUGGGGCAGGACAGACUAAUCUCUGUGACCUACACGGUCAUCACCCCCUUGCUGAACCCUGUUGUGUACAGCCUGAGGAACAAGGAUGUCAAAGAUGCUCUGCACAGAGCUGUGGGGUGGAAGCUCCUUUCCUCUUAA